ACUCCACCGCCCCCCCCUGCUGCCAAGCAAUAAUGUAGCAACACAUGAAAACCAGACAAAGGGGAGAAGUGAAAUGCUUGACAUCGUGGAGCGAGUGGUAGUGAGAGCGGAAGACGACUCCCUAGUCGGGUACUCCAUCCCAGUUCAGGCAUCUUCAGACUCUGCAAGUUGGGCAGGGGAAGCAGGUCGCGGCUCAGUGCAGGCAUAUUAUUGGUGUAAAUUCUGCAGCUGGAGUUGCGAGUGGGCAGGGGGUUCUUCAAAGCUCAUAGAGCACUACGAGGAAAGGCAUAGAAUGAGCACUGGAGGUACAAUGAGCCCCAAUAACUCCAAUCCCCCGCGGCCGGACCGAGAGAGAGCAGUGAGAAGAGAUGAACACGCUGCAUCCAAAAGCAAAAAAGAUCUACAAUCAAACUCAUCGAGCACCAGCAAAGGAGACCUAAACAGCAGUGAAUCAGAGGCAGUCGUGACCAGUUACAACUGUCAGCUCUGUGAUUUCCGAUACUCAAUGGCCCACAGUGCAGAUGUGAUUGUCGUAGCACCGUUGCUUCUGCACUACCAGCACAACCACUCCAUCCAACGGUGCUGCAUUCAGCACUGCAUGUAUUGUCCACAGGGACUCUGCCAGCCACACAAACACCUGGGAGAGGUGUCCCACCCGUUUGCUUGUCGGAAACCCACCUGCGCCAAGUGCUGCUCCAGAUUUCCUCAGUCCAUCAAACAACAAGAUGCCAUAGCUUCGAAACCUGCUACUGCCACUUCACCCAGCAUGACCCCUCCUACUCCCAGAAGUGACCCCGGCAGGAUUCUGCUUCAACCUUUCAUUCUCCUAGCUCCUCGCACCCUGUUGUCUCUCAAGCUGCCAUACCCUCAUCAACCUCAAGGGGGCGCCCCGCACGUCAAGGCUGAGGAGGACACCGGGGGAGAGAAGGAAGGAGGGGGGGCACGAGGAGGGGAGAGAGAGUUCCCUUGUUCAAAGUGUCACUUCAUCACAGAAGUGGAAGAGGAGAUUUUUAGACACUACAGUACACAUGUGCCUCAGUGUUCUGGACACCAGCAACUGGGAAAGGGCAAGGUGGUGCCCACAUUUCACCUAACUGUAGCAGAGGGUAACUUUGAGGUGAGGAUGGACCGGUUUUUGGCCCAGGACAUGAACCUAGAGUAG